CCUCCUCCUCUGUAUGUACACACACUGCAAAGCCAGGCUAUAUAUAUGCCAGUGUGCGUGGCACAACUUUCUGGGUUCAUUGAGGCUGCGCUUGGAACAUUUACAAGUGUAUUAAGAAGAUUCUUUGUUGGAUUAGUUUUAGAGAGAGAGAGAGAGAGAAGAGAUGUUGGAAGGGAAGGCAAUGGUGAAGGAGACAGACAUGGGGGAGAAGAUGCAGAGUAAAGCAAUGGCCUGUGCUUCUCAGGCACUUGACCUCUAUGAUGUCUCUGACUGCAUCUCCAUUGCUGCCCACAUCAAGAAGGAGUUCGACAAGGAAUACGGGACGGGGUGGCAAUGUGUGGUCGGGUCAAACUUUGGCUGCUUCUUCACACACAAGCAGGGGACCUUCAUCUACUUUGCACUGGAGAAGCUCAAUUUCCUCAUCUUCAAGGGGGCUUCCUCUUGAAGACACUCGGCUUAGAGAGUGCUAUGAUAUGCUGCUCGGGUGACCGAGAGAAAGUACAGUCGUAUUUCGAGUCCCCUGUGAAGGUCCGGGAGGAUCUGCUGCUGGAUAGAAUCUUCAGCUGAAAUUUUUUACGCCGAUUCCGUCUUAACUCUGCUGCGAGUUCAAGAACGGCCCGAGACCGGGAGUGGGAGUUAUGGGAUUUGGAUUGUGUAAGAUAAGAUCAGUAGUUGGUUUGGACUAGCUGUUGUGAUGUCCUUAUCUUGUCUAUCCAAUCAUACACCAUGCAUCCUAUCAAUUAUUUGAGCGUCCAUGACUGAAGGAUUCUAUAUUCAGUUCAUUUGUUUAGCUUAUCCCUUCUAAAUUCCAAGUCCUACCAGGAGAGGACAAAUACAUUCGACUUUUGAAUUA